UCUACUAAGAACAAUACUUUAGUAUUUUACUUAGUUUUGGAAAUAUACUUUUAUUGAAUUUUCCCUACUACGUUGACUCAGUCAAAAUGGAUCAAUACCAUCGAAAACUGAUUAACAACUGUAUGUCAGAAUUAAUAAAUGUUACUUUUGAUUUAAAAACUAUUGUUGAUAUUCUAUUAGAAAAAAAUGUGAUAAAUGAAUGGAUGAAAGAUUAUAUUUUGGAUCCACAAGAAGAUUCAGUCAAAAAAUUAUACGAAUUAAUUCAAGGUCGGGGCCCAACAGCAUUUACAGAUUUAUGCACAGUAUUAAAAGAAACGAACAACAUAAAAGCUUUCAACAUUUUAAUUUCAUCCAAAUCAAGUGAGAAAGGGGAACAACAAAUUGGUUCGAUUUAAGCAUUAGAAGCACCGUUUAAAAAUACUAAUCAUACUUAAAUAUUAAUCAUACUUUUGUAUGAUUAAUUGUUUAUAUUUUUAUCUUUUUUGAACAAU